AAGCCAUAUCCACUUUGGUUGGAGGGAGUCAAAUGGAAGUGAUUGGCAGCUCCUCAUCUUCCAUUUCCUUCUUCAUAUCUCCCUGCAAUCAUCUCUGCUUCUCUCCCAAGGUCGUGCGGCGUAACUCUUUACUAGUUACCACUGUAAAAUCUAGGCUGUGUAAAUCGUUAUCGUGUGUAAGCGUAAAUGUUAGUGAUAGAUUAGCAGGUUUUGACUUUAAGAAGGAAGAUGAAAACGGGAGUGUCGCCUGGUUGGUUAAUAGGUUAAACAAGAGACUUGCUUUUCAUCAUGUGGUGUUUUUUAGGAAGAAGGGACGGUUAUUGACUAAGUUAAGGAAGCAUACUAUUAGCCUUCGGAAACUAGUAAAGGGUUCAGAGAAGUUUAAAGAUUUGUUUCCGGUUUUCUUUGUGCGUGUUGUGUUGGGCAUGAUGCUGUUUAUGGCUAUUACUAUUCCUGUUAGCAAAUCUCCAUCAUGGGCUCUCACGGAGGAGAAUCUUCUGUUCCUUGAGGCAUGGAGAACAAUCGACCGUGCAUAUGUUGACAAGGGCUUCAAUGGACAAAGUUGGUUUAGGUACAGAGAAAAUGCACUACGCAAUGAACCAAUGAACAACCGUGAACAAACAUAUGCUGCAAUAAAGAAGAUGCUUGCCACCCUGGAUGACCCUUUUACCCGUUUUUUGGAGCCUGAGAAGUUCAAAAGUUUGAGGUCGGGAACACAAGGUGCACUUACGGGAGUAGGGUUGUCAAUAGGCUACCCAACUGGAAAUGAUGCAGCUCUCUCAGGACUCAUGGUCAUUUCAGCUUCUCCAGGGGGGCCUGCAAGCAGGGCUGCAAUUUCUCCCGGUGAUCUAAUUUUGGCCAUUGAUGAUAAUAGUACAGAAACAAUGGACAUUUACGAUGCAGCUGAACGAUUGCAGGGCCCUGAAGGAAGCGAAGUACAGCUAAAAAUACGAAGUGGUCCUGAGAUAAAAAGUGUGGCAUUAACGCGCGAAAACAUUUCAUUGAAUCCUGUGAGGUCAAGAGUGUGCGAAACACCUGGUCUGGGGAAGGGUGUCUCCAAGAUUGGAUACAUAAAAUUAACUUCAUUUAACCAAAAUGCUUCUGCUGCCGUCAAGGAAGCAAUUGAGACUUUAAGAAGAGACAAUGUUGACGCCUUUGUUUUGGACCUUCGUAAUAAUAGUGGUGGUCUUUUCCCUGAAGGCAUUGAGAUCGCCAAGAUCUGGCUGGACAAAGGCGUAAUUGUGUACAUCUGCGAUAGUCGUGGAGUUAGAGACAUAUAUGACACUGAUGGAACGAAUGCAAUAGCAGCUUCAGAACCUCUAGCUGUACUGGUGAACAAAGGAACUGCUAGUGCAAGUGAGAUUUUAGCUGGUGCAUUGAAGGAUAACAAGCGUGCAGUGCUUCUUGGAGAACCCACUUACGGCAAAGGAAAAAUCCAAUCGGUUUUUGAAUUGUCUGAUGGCUCUGGCUUGGCUGUUACUGUUGCUCGAUAUGAAACCCCUGAUCACAUUGACAUCAAUAAGGUUGGCAUAAUUCCUGAUCAUCCGUUGCCAGCAUCGUUUGCCAAAGAUGAUGAUGGUUUUUGUGGCUGCAUUGGGGACCCUGCUUCUGGUUGUUUUUUAAACAGAGUUGGAUUAUUCUCAAGAUGAGACCAGUUAUAUUGUGAACUUUUCGUUCAUUUGAAUGUUGGUUAUUUGUUCAAAAGACCUUAGCCUGCAUCUGUAUAGGAAAUUGGAAAAUGUGAAGUAAAGUGGUCUUGUAAAUUUCUUAACAUCUAUCGAGUUUCAAAUCCAAAAUUAAGGUUUGCUGUUAAGUUGACAGUAAAGAUAAAUAAUAUUGACCCGUUUACUUA